CACCACCUACCACUUACACCAGGGAGUGCUGCGCGGAAUCGCCGCUUUCCACAGAGAAAAUAUCAAAUCCAACCAUAGAUGACGCUGUUUGGUAAUGGUUUUUGAUUUUAUCAACACCCCCACCCGCUGAGCGACAUUCCUCACGACAUACCCCUCCUCACUAUUACAACAUCAUGCCUGCUCGAGUUUCCGCCCGUUCGACAUCAGGCUCGUCACGCAAGGCGUCAGCACAGUCAUCUGUCUCAGGAGGACGUGCGGGUUCCGCGACACCCUCGUUCGCCAUCCCAGAAGAGCCCGAAGCCCCCGAAGCCGUCCCGAGCCUGCGUCGCGAUGUCGGUUCGCUCUUUGCAGACGCCCAGCGGUCGACGACUGGUCACCGUAAACUCGUCGUUCGUCUGAGGAAACUCCAAGAAUCAUGCUGCGGAAUUUCUCGAAAGUCUAAGAAGGAUGACAAAAGUGCGCCAGAACCUAUACUACCGACCGAGGAGACCCUGCCGGAGAAGGAGCUUAACGUGGAGAUCGGUCGCUGCAUGCUGCGUAUCUUGGUAAUCAAGAAAUCCGAACCCGUCGGUGACCGCAUCUUGCGAUUCCUUGGAACUUUCUUGACCCAUGCGUCGGAGAAAGACGCGGAGCUCUUCGCCUCGGACGAUGAUGAUGAGGGUAUACCUGAAACGCCGACUGCGCGCUUGACGGCCAGUUUGGUCGCUCUCCUUGCUCCUAUCAUGUCUGCAAAGGACAGAACCGUGCGCUUCCGUGCGACUCAGACCAUCGUUCAUAUCGUCAACUCAUUGGAAACGGUGGAUGAUGAUGUGUACCGUGCCGUCCGCCAGGGCCUGCUGAGGCGAAUCAGAGACAAAGAACCUUCCGUGCGGGUGCAAGCCGUAAUGGGAUUAGGCCGUCUAGCCGGGAAUGAGGAUGAGGAAGAGGACGACGAUAGCAGUGCCCUUGUCGAGAAACUUGUCGAUAUCAUGCAGAACGAUACGAGCGCCGAUGUGCGCAAGACCUUGCUUGUCAACCUACCCCUUAUGCAAAGGACACUUCCAUACCUCCUUGAAAGAGCCCGAGAUCUCGAUGCCCCUACGCGGCGUGCCUUGUAUUCCCGUCUACUUCCCACACUAGGCGACUUCCGACAUCUGUCACUGUCAAUGCGAGAGAAGAUGCUCCGAUGGGGCCUACGUGACCGAGAUGAGAGUGUCAGGAAGGCCACCGGAAAACUUUUCUACGAUCGCUGGGUUGAGGACUGUGCAGGGACCAAUAGCGAAUCUGAAGGGGGACCUACAGGCCAGCGUUCCCCACCCAACAUUCCAGCUUUGUUGGAAUUGCUAGAGAGAAUUGAUGUGGUCAAUGCCGGUAUCGAGUCUGGCAUCGCUCACGAAGCAAUGGCCAGCUUCUGGGAGGGACGGCCCGACUAUAGGGAGGCCGUCGUCUUCGACGAGCCGUUCUGGGAGUCGCUAACCGCAGAAGCGGUCUUCCUCCUCCGGUCAUUCAAUGAUUUUUGCCGUGUGGAAAAUGACGGAAAAUACGACAGUCUUGCCGACGAGAAGAUGCCCGAAGUGACCGCCUUUGCAUACUAUCUGAACAAGUAUCUGACGGAUCUCUUAGAACGGAAGCGGGCUGCCAAGGAGAAUCCUGACGCGAACGAGGAUGAUGACGUUGAGCAGGAGUUCAUCGCUGAACAACUCCUACACAUUGCAUUGACUCUGGAUUACAGCGAUGAGGUUGGACGACGAAAGAUGUUUUCUCUCCUGCGCGAGUCGCUGGCUAUCCCUGAGAUGCCGCAGGAGUGCACGAAGCUUGCCGUUGAGACCCUGAGGUCUGUCUGUGGCCCUGCGACAGCUGCCGAAAGCGAAUUCUGCAGUGUUGUUCUCGAAGCCAUUGCCGAAGUUCACGACACCAUCGUCACUGAGGAUAGCUUCGUGUCUGCCAAAUCUGAGAUCAGCGACGACGCCAGCUCCCGUCAACGGUCCGAGACUCCGGGUGGCGAAGACAACAAACCCUUCAACAAGGAGGAGGCUAAGGCCAAGGUGCUUCGGGAAAUCAUGGUCAACAUGAAGUGUCUGCAUAUUGCGCUGUGUAUGCUGCAGAAUGUAGAAGGGAACUUGCAGGAGAACAUGAACUUGGUGACAAUGUUGAACAACCUGGUCGUCCCUGCUGUCCGAAGCCACGAGGCACCCAUUCGGGAGAGGGGUCUGGAGUGCCUGGGCCUCUGUUGCAUGCUGGAUAAGACGCUAGCCGAGGAGAAUAUGUCUCUCUUCAUCCACUGCUACAGCAAAGGCCAUGAGGGCUUGCAAGUCACGGCACUCCAGAUUUUGUGCGAUAUGGUAACGACUCAUCCCACAUUGCUCGCGCCUGUCACCCAAUCCGAUGGGGAGACCGUGUCCCCGCCGGUGUUCCAAAAGCCGCUCCUCAAGUGCUUUUCACGCGCACUCAAAGCAAAUUCGCCCAUCACCGUGCAGGCAGCUGCGGCGACUGCCUUGUCCAAGCUGCUACUCACCAACGCUUUUGCGCCAUCCAAGGGCAAUAUCCCACAGGCCAUCCAGGAAUACAACGAAGCCGCCAUCGAUACUCUACUACAAUCGUUGGUUCUAUCCUUCUUCCACCCUCGCACCCGCGAAAACCCGGCUCUCAGACAGGCACUGGCCUACUUCUUCCCCGUAUACUGUCACUCCAAUGUUUCCAAUACGGAGCACAUGAGGAAGACUGCUGUGCCUGUUGUCCGUGCUGUGCUCAACGCUGCCGAGGAACAUUACUCGCUUGAGGCAGAAGAGGAUAGCGACGGAGACAUCGAUGAGAGUAUCGGCGAGCGAGAGGUGAAAGCCCUGAUGAGCGGUGUGGUGGGAAUGCUUGCGGAGUGGACCGACGAGCGAAGAGUGAUCGGCCUCGGUGGUGAGCGCGUCCUCGCCGGGGCUGCAGCUAGCAGCAACGCCUGCGGCUUCGUCCACCUCGCUCUGGUCAAAGACAUCCUGGAGCGUGUCCUCGGCAUCAGCGCCGGCCCCAACCGCUGCACCAAAGAGGAACGAAAGCUGCUCUUCUCCCUCCUCAGCAAACUCUACAUCGCCCCGCCCCCGGCUGUCUCCUCCCGCUCUGGAUCUCGCAACCCCGAAGGUGUCGACGACCAAGGGUUCAACUCCAGUGUCCGCAGCGCGCAGAUUGAGAUCGCUCCCGAGAACACGGCCCUGGCGCAAGAAGUCAAGGAGCUUCUGGACCAGACGAUCGAGGAGGGCCUGGCGGCCGAGGCAGCCGGCCGGAAUGCCCUGGUCAAGGUCAAGAACUCCGUUCUGAAGCUCCUGGCCACGGCGAGCGGCUCCCGGCGCAGCAGCGCCAGACCGCGCGACGGCACCGAUGAGGGAGACAGCGACAUGAUGAGCGUCCGUUCGGGAAGUGUCCGCUCCGGCAGUGUUCGUCCAUCGAUCGAGCACGGGGCGCUCCGUCGGGGUGUCUCGGUUGAGCCGAGCAUUAUGGAAGAAGACGAGAACGACGAUAGCCGGACGACGAUUAUCAAGUCUGAGGCUGGGGAUGAGGUGUAGAUUUGAUUCACGUUUGCUGUCUUUCUUUCUCUUUUCUAUAUUGAAUAGGCUCGGCGUUCGUUGAAGUGUGUUUUCUUUAUAGGUUGGCUGGUAUAGGUGUCAUGAGUGGAUGGAUGGAUGGGAUGGCAAUGUACUUACAUUUUUCUUCUUCUAUGGGAUUCAUUUAUAUGAUUUGUUUUCUUCAGU